CCGGAUCCCUUGCGGCAGGGGCUGGAUCCCCGUGUGUAGGGGGGGCAUCUGCAGGAGGCAGGGAAGGGCUGGAGCCCCUGGCAGGAGGGACAGGAUUCCCUUGCAGGGGCUGGAUCCUCCUGGGAUUAUGGGGCACACUUGCAGGAACCAGGGAGGGUUGGAUCCCCUUGAAAGGGGCUGGAUUCCAUCGCAGGAGGGGCUGGAUACCCUUGGAAGGGGGCUGGAUACCCUUGCAGGGAGCUGGGUCCUGUUGCAGGGGCUGGAUCUGUUGUGCAUAUGGAGUGCACUUGAAAGAACCGGAGAAGGGCUGGAUCCCCUUGGGAGGGGGCUGGAUCCCCUUGGGAGGGGGCUGGAUCCUGUUGCAGGGGCUGGGUCCCGUUAUGGGAAGGGCUGGAUCCUGUAGUGUAUGUGAGAUGCAUGUGCAGGAACCAGAGGGGCUGAUCCCUUUGGAAGGGGCUGGAUUCCAUUGCAGAGGGGGCUGGAUCCCGUUGUGUGUAGUGGAUGUAUAUGCGGGAAUCAGAGAAGAGCUGGACCCCCUUGGAAGGGGCUGGAUUCCCUUGCAGGGGGCUGGAUUCCCUUGCAGGGGGCUGGAUCUGCUGGGUGAAGGGGGGCUGGAUCCCAUUACAGGGGGCUGAAUCCGCUUGUGUGUGAGGGGUGCACUUGCAGGAACCAGAGGAGGGAUGGAUCCCCUUGCAGGAAGAGCUGGAUCUCCUCCAUCCGAGCAGCCCCCCCAAAACACCAGCAAUUCCGAGGGGAGAGCCUGGGAGGGCUCACUGGAGAGCAGCCCCCCGAAAUGGGACCUGGCAAGUGGAGACCCCCCGGGGGGACCCAGCAACAGCACCAGCCCCGGGGGGGCCGCAGCAGGACCCCAGUUAGAACCCCCCGGGAGGGACAAGGCCACCACGGACCCGUCGGCGACGCCGGAGGGGUGCCCGGGGUGCUCCGGGGAGGGCGAUGCCAGCGCUGUGCCCCCCGGGGCCGGCGUGGCCGUGACCUGGCCCGGGGCCGGGGGGACGGUGUCCGUGGCCCUGGGCAGCCCCGAGGAGCCGGGGAGCGGCGAGCGGCCCACGGUGGCCUCCCUGCCCAGCCCGGGGGGCAUCGGGGGUCUCCCGGCUGCCCCGCCCAGCCCCCCCGACCCUCAGCUCUCCACCGGCUCUGCCGAAUCUGAGCUGCUGCCGGCGGCCGGGGGCUCGGCCGCACCACAGAGCCCCGUGCUGGGCCAGCCCAGCCCCGUGCCCGCUGCCGGGGGGGACUCGGGGGGUCCCCCGGAGCUCUGGGCGGCCCCGUCCAGCCCGGCCCCGGCGCAGGGGGCUCGCGGCUGGACCGAUCUGACGUGGCUGCAGGAGCCCAUCACGGCGGCCACGGGCCCGGCCAAGCCGCCGCCCGGCCGGGCGGGCUCCGACAUCAUCGACGUCGACUACUACGACCUGUUCGAGGGGGGAGAGGGACUGGGGGGCUUCCCCGGGGCUGGCCGGGAGGCGGCCGGGCCGGGUCGGCGGCGGGAGCCCGAGGGGGCGGCCACGCCCUGGGCCCUCCACGAGCUCUACGACGACUUCACGCCCUUCGACGACGCCGAUUUCUACCCCACCACCUCCUUCUAUGCCGACGGGGACGACGAGGACGGGCUGGAGGACGAAGAGGAAGAGGAGGAGGAGGAAGACAGGGAGCUGGAGGAUGAGAACGGCUACCGGCCGCCCGCCUCGGCCGUGCCCGGAGCCGCGCCGGCCCCGCGGGACCCCCGGCCCACCGGGCGCCGGGACGCGGCCCCGCUGCCGUCGGGCGUGGCCGGGGGCAGCCCCACGGCCUGGCCACGGCCCGGGGAGCGGGGCCAGCCUGACAACGGCUCCGAGUGCCGGAGCGGGUACGUGCGGCACAACAGCUCCUGCCGCUCCCUCUGCGACCUCGUGCCCAGCUACUGCCACAACGGCGGCCAGUGCUACCUGGUGGAGAGCCACGGGGCCUUCUGCCGGUGCAACACGCAGGACUACACGUGGCACAAGGGCACGCGCUGCGAGUCCAUCGUCACCGACUUCCAGGUGAUGUGCGUGGCCGUGGGCUCGGCCGCGCUCGUGGUGCUGCUGCUCUUCAUGCUCACCGUGUUCUUCGCCAAGAAGCUCUACCUGCUCAAGACGGAGAACAGCAAACUGCGCAAGACCAAAUACCGCACCCCGUCCGAGCUGCACAACGACAACUUCUCCCUGUCCACCAUCGCCGAGGGCUCCCACCCAAACAGAGAAGCGAAGGGCUUUGCGGAGCCGGAGGAGGAGCGUAGGUCCCUCUAAGCCAUCCCCCACCCACGGUGUUCCCGUCUUCCAGCGCCUUUAGCAGCCGUAGCUGCCUUGGCAGGAGGCUCCCGGGGCCGGCUCCCACGGCCGAGAAGAUGAACCUUGGGGUGGAUCCGGUGCCGCUCACCGGGGUCUGACUCGUCCCUCCGGGAUGGGGAGGGUUCGGCACGUGGUGCAGCGCACUGAGGAUGCAGAGGGGUCAGAAAGGGCAACAUCCCUGGGAAAGGGUUUUUUGGACCCCACGGUGAUGCCCGUCCCGCGGGGAGUUGAUGGCACCAGCCCCAGACCGACCGGCCGUCGCUGCCCAGGAUGGAGGUUCCUGUCCUCGUGUGACACCACCCCGGUGUCCCUGUCCAUCCAUCGCUCUCCAUGUGGCACCAGGAACACCAUAACCACCACGGCCCACCCUGCCCAGGCAGCCCCCCAUGCCAGGGCUCAUCCUGCCCCACCAGUGCCAACAGUGCCACCGGGACCCUCCGGGCACAGCCGUCACCCAGCACAGCUGGAGCUCAGCCCCGGUGCCGGAGGGGCCGCUCCCCCGUGGAUGUGGGACAAACUCGGGGCACGGCCCAGUCCCAGGGAGGGGAAGAUGCUCCUGUGGGGGGAGCUUGGGAAGAGCGUCCCCAGCUUUGCGAGUGGCACGGCGGGACCAGCUGUACACUGAGGAUCCACAAUAAAUCCAGCCCCUCUGGCCUCCUGCCGA